AUGGCGCCACCCGCCGCUCAGGCUCAGCUUCUCCUCUCCAACCACCCCUCGCCGUCGCCGCCGCACCGUCGUCGCCUCUUCCCCCUCCUCUUCCGCCGCCCGCUGCCGCCUCGCCUACACACCUGCACCACCCGGCACAACCACGGCCACGACAAGUGCGCCUCCUAUUCCCCUCGCCUUCGCCACGCCCUCCGCCCGCCCGCCGCCGCAGCCACGGUGGCCAUCGCGCCCGGCGACCACUGGGGAAACUGGGCCUUCCUCCUCUCCGCCGCCGCGUUCGGCACAUGGGCGGAGGAGAACACGUCGUGGGGCGCCACGCUCAGCGGGGCGCUGGUCAGCAUCAUGGCCGGCCUGGCCGCCACGGCCGUCGGCCUCGUCACCCCCGGCGCGCCCGCGCACGACGCCGUCAUGGAGUACCUGCUGCCGGCCGCCGUCCCGCUGCUGCUCCUCGGCGCCGACCUCCGCCGCGUCGUCCGCACCACCGGCGACCUCCUCAAGGCCUUCCUUCUCGGAUCUGUCGCAACUGUAAUCGGCACGACGGUGGCGUACCUGCUGAUCCCCAUGAGAUCGCUGGGCCAAGAUAGCUGGAAGAUCGCAGCUGCACUCAUGGGCAGCUACAUUGGCGGAGCGGUGAACUACGUCGCCAUCUCGGAGGCUCUGGGCCUCACGCCGUCCGUCCUCGCCGCCGGCGUCGCAGCGGACAACCUCAUCUCGGCGCUCUACUUCAUGGCGCUCUUCUCACUGGCGUCAAACAUCCCAGCAGAGCCCAAGACGGCGACGGCGAGUCCACAGAAGGACGGCGAGCCCGACGAGGGCGGCGGGGGCCGGCUGUUCGUGCUGAAUGGCGGCGCGGCGGUCGCGCUGUCGUUCAUCAUCUGCAAGGCCGGGUCGGCCAUGGCCGCGCGGCUGGGUCUCCAGGGCGGCACGCUGCCGUGCGUCACGGCGCUGGUGGUGUUCCUGGCCACGGCGUUCCCGGGCCCGCUCGGCAGGCUCGCGCCGGCCGGCGAGUCCCUGGCGCUCAUCCUCAUGCAGCUCUUCUUCGCCGUCGUCGGGGCCAACGGCAACGUCGUGGACGCCGUCACCCGGGCGCCCAGCGUCUUCGCCUUCGCGCUCGUGCAGGUGUCCGUCCACCUCGCCGUCGUGCUCGCCGCCGGCAGGAUCAUGGGGAUCGACAGGAAGCCGCUGCUCAUCGCCUCCAACGCCAACGUCGGCGGGCCCACCACGGCGGCUGCCAUGGCCACGGCCAAAGGCUGGACCUCGCUCGUCGUGCCCGGAAUCCUCGUCGGCAUCUUCGGGAUCUCCAUUGCCACGUUUCUUGGCAUCGGAUAUGGCAUGUUCGUGCUCAGAAGAAUCUGCGGCUGA